AUGGCUUCACCUCAGAUCAUUGUCCUUAUUACUGGAGGAAACAACGGCAUCGGCUUCGAGACGGCCAAGAACCUCGUAUACUCGUCUGAGAAAUAUCACAUUUUGCUGGGCAGUCGAGACGUGGCGAAGGGUGAGGCAGCUGUCGCGCAGCUACAGUCCGGCCCAAUUAAAGGCACUGUUUCGAGCAUUCAAAUCGACGUAACGUCCGACAAAUCAGUGGACGCGGCCGCGGAAGAAGUCAUCCAAGCAUAUGGUCGUUUAGAUGUUUUGGUCAACAACGCUGGCAUUUUCAGCCAGAACCCAGUCUUGAGAGACGCCUUCCGCGAGGUGUAUGCGGUCAAUCUUUUUGGUGUCGUGAGCACCACCGAGGCAUUCCUCCCGGCCCUGCGCAAGUCUUCAGAACCACGACUUGUAUUUGUGUCAUCUAGCACAGGAUCCAUCUCAAUCCUAGCCGACCCAACCUCUCGCCACCACAUCGGAGCCGGAAAACCGUAUCGCUCUAGCAAGGCAGCCUUGAAUUUCCUGAUGGUGUCGUACUGGAUUGAUUUACAGAAGGAGAACUUUAAAGUCUUCGGUGCUGAUCCUGGCUUGAAUGCUACCAACCUUAUGAACACCGAAGAGCUGAGACAAAGAGGCGCUCCCGAACCAUAUGUUGGAGGUGAACGUGUUGCCUCAGUCAUCCGAGGAGAUCGAGAUGAAGAUGUUGGGAAGGUCUGCGGAGAGCCUGGGACUGUACCGUGGUAA